CCAGUGGGGAGGUGCUCGGAACAAGCUGGGUGCCGAGAAGGGGAGGAGUUGGCCAGAGCUCUGUAAAGUCAGGAUCAGGCCCCCAAACUGGUGGGUGGAGGGAAAAAAGAAGCAUUUCGGCCGGGCCUCGGAGUUGCAGUUGGGUCUUGGAAACUUGGUGUCUGGGCGAUGUGUCUGGGUGUGCGCAGCGCUUCCGGAGAUUUAGAACUCCCCUGGGGUCUUGGCAUCUACAGUCUCUGCUGCCUUGGUGGACAGAUGCAUUGCUGCAGGCCAGAGUGGGGCCUACAAACUCAGCUCUCUUGACGUGGGUGUCCUCCACCUGAUGCCAAGAUCAAAGAUGUGGUCCAGCUAACUACCCAAGGUUAGGGGCUGGACAGCUUGUUGGGAGGGGAAGGAGCUCCCAGAGCCCCUCCCUCUCUCUCCCCAGUAGAUUCCCAUGGAAAGAGGACAUUCUUGGCCUCAGGAUACUCGGGACCUUCUGCACAGCCUGAGAAUGAGGAGCAAAUAUGCUCUUUUCCUGCUGUUUGUGGUUAUCGUUUUUGUCUUCAUUGAGAAAGAAAAUAAAAUCAUAUCAAGGGUCUCCGACAAGCUGAAGCAAAUCCCACAGUCCCUAAUGGAUGCCAACAGCACCGACCCAGCCCUGAUCCUUUCGGAGAAUGCGUCCCUCCUAUCCCUGAGUGAGCUGGACUCUUCCUUCUCCCAGCUCCAGGAGCGGCUCCGAAACAUCACCCUGCAGCUGGGCGAGGGGCCCGAGGAGCUGCCCCUGGGCCCACGACGGCACGUGCUUCUGAUGGCCACCACCAGGACCGGCUCCUCCUUCGUGGGGGAGUUCUUUAACCAGCAAGGCAACAUCUUCUACCUCUUCGAGCCUCUGUGGCAUAUCGAACGGACGGUGACCUUUGAACCUGGGGGAGCCAAUGCCGCCGGCUCGGCCCUGGUCUACCGGGACGUGCUGAAGCAGCUGUUCCUCUGCGACCUCUACAUCCUGGAGCACUUCAUCACCCCGCUUCCCGAGGACCAUCUGACUCAGUUCAUGUUCCGGAGAGGGUCCAGCCGCUCGCUCUGCGAGGAGCCUGUCUGUACGCCCCUUGUCAACAAGGUGUUUGAGAAGUACCAUUGCAAGAACCGCCGCUGCGGCGCCCUCAACUUAACCCUGGCCGCGGACGCCUGCCGACGCAAAGAGCACAUGGCCCUCAAAGCCGUGCGCAUCCGACAGUUGGAGUUCCUUCGCCCCCUGGUGGAGGACCCCCGCCUGGACAUGCGGAUCAUCCAGCUGGUCCGGGACCCCCGGGCCGUGCAGGCGUCCCGCAUGGUGGCCUUCUCUGGCAAGUAUGAGACCUGGAAGAAAUGGGUGGCGGAAGGGGAGGCCCGCCUGCGGGAGGACGAGGUGCAGAGGCUUCGGGGCAACUGUGAGAGCAUCCGCCUCUCCGCCGAGCUGGGCCUGAGCCAGCCCUCCUGGCUACGAGGCCGCUACAUGCUGGUCCGCUACGAGGACGUGGCCCGCUCGCCUCUGCAGAAGGCCCGGGAGAUGUACCGCUUUGCGGGCAUCACCCUCACCUCACAGGUGGAAGAUUGGAUCCGUAAGAACACCCAGGCCCCACGGGACAGCAGCGGCAUCUACUCUACCCAGAAGAACUCGUCGGAGCAGUUUGACAAGUGGCGCUUCACCAUCCCGUUCAAGCUGGCGCAGGUGGUCCAGGGUGCCUGCGGCCCCGCUAUGGAGCUCUUUGGCUACAAGCUGGCCCCUGAUCCAGCCACCCUCACCAAUCGCUCCAUCAGUCUGCUGGAGGACCGGGGCACCUUCUGGGUGACGUAAUGGCAGAAGGGGGACUGGAUCUUUAGCCACGAUCCCCAUCCUCAGCCCCCUGACCUCCUACUGAUGUCGACUGAAACUGAAAUGCAACAGAGAAGUCAGAGCAAUGACACGGAGCCUGAAGAGGGUGGGGGUGUGGUGGCAAGGGUCAUCCAGUAAGAAGUUAAAUGAGCCAGGCACGUCCUUCUUGCUAGAGAAGUAGGCCUUAUCCCCACUCCAACCCCAUCCCCCAUUUGUCACUUUCCAACUUAUUCUCUUGCGGCCAAGAUUUCCCAGGACAGAAAGAGACCAGGGCAGGUUCCUGACCCGCUUAGGGGACUUUCAACCUCCAUCUGACAGGGAUGAAUUUUCCCCGGGGAGGUGGGGGGAGGGGGGGGUUGAGGCUAGGCUGGGAGGGUGGAUGUCCUGACUUCAUUUCACCCUUUGACAGCACGCUCUGCCUCCUGCCCCCUCCUCCCCAUCUCCAUACAAGUGCCUCCCUGUUCCUGCAGGGUACUUGGGUACUAAACAUUCAAAGCGAGUCCACUCACUUUUAUUAUAAUUGUUGAGGAAGAUGGACCUGGAGGUGAAAGAGACUCCUCACCUCCUUGGGAUAAUAAGACUGACCCGAAGGGCCUCAUUUAAAAUGGCAAUGGCAAACUCCCAGUUCUGAGUGAGACCCCUGCCUGUGUCUGGUUCUCACUACUACCUCCUUUUAUCUAUAAGUUUCCUCACUUUUGUGGCAGAUGGGCUGCAUUAAACUGGCUUUUGACCAACCCUCGAACAACUUAUUUAUGACACCCCACCCCACCCCCAAGGGCCCUAGCCAAAGUCAUUUGGCUCCUACAGAGCCUCUCUCUCCUUGAGGGCUGCCCAGGCCUACCACUGGAAGGCAGGAUCAAAGCUUGGCCUAGGGGGACAGAUAAAGGGCUCCUCUGGCUGACUGGCUGGCUGGCUGGGGGAGGGGAUUUAGAGCUGAAGCUGGAAGUGCCUAGGGAAGGUUCAGGGGAGAAGGGAGAACAGGACAGCCUCUCUAGAAGGCAUUGGUUCUUUUCCUACCCCUCCUUUAGACCACAAACUAGCCAUCAAGGUGACAAAUCAGUGUCUCAAAGCCCCCCUCUCCAACCUCCUUGAGGUUUCUGGGGAGAAAAACUGUUCAGCUUGGUAGGGGACCAUUAUUUGGGGCUUUAAAGUUAUUCAUGGUUUGGUUUCUUCCUUUGCUAUUUUUCUUUCAGCAAGAAGUAUUGGUUGGAGGUGGUUGGUAGAGAAGGCGGUUGGGGCCUUGAGGGAAACUUGAAGAAACCAGAGGCUGGGGCCAUUGCUACAGGGGGGUCCCCAGAAACAAACUGAGGCAGCUGGAGUCAAUUGGAGUCUGCUCAGCCCUAUCUCCCCUCCCACCACCAGCCCUGCUUUUCAUCAGACUUGUCUUCAUUACCCCUUUUGUUUUCCAGGAUCUUGGGGUUCUUCCCCUUCUCCUCAGAGAAGCACCCUGGCCUCAGGAGGCUGUCUCCACGUACAUGUUUUGCUUCUAAAGACAAUGUCCAGUGACAAGCUCCCCCUCUCCCCUCCAAGGUCAUGGCCUAGAAAUUAACACACAAAAAUGCAGUUGUUCCACAGUUAAUUAAUUCCACCAGCAUUUAUUAAAGUGCCUUCAAGUUACCAAAGCUCUGUACCAGAGACUGGGCAUCCAAAGAAAAAAAACACAAAACAGAACAAGAAAACAGUGCCUGCCAUCCAGGGAGCUUACAUUCUCCUGGGCAAUUCAGCAUGAGAGUUACACAUCCAGUCAUCCCAGGCCAGCAUAUGUGGUGAGAGAAAUGUGACAUUCUAUUUGGGGACUGGUCAUAGCUCAGGGGAACAAGAAAGAAACAUUCCUAAAAGCAGCCAAAAUACAGAGUGUCCAGAACCAUGAUGGAUCCAUCCUUGGUUUGGGGGCUAUUUCAAUUGGGGGAGCUGUAGUUGUGCAUGGAUGUCUCUGUUCUUGAUUUCAUAUUCCAUAUAUGGGCUGUGCAGGAAUGUGUCUCUAAUGCCCUCCUCCAAUAGAGAGAUCUUCAUUUUGAACAAAAUGGACUGAGACUCAGAGAAUCCAGUAGCACUGUCUAGGAGCCUCUUCCCACCUCAGGAUGUGUGUUGCUGAAGACAUUUCUGGCAGGUCCAGAAAUGUUUUUUCCUAAAGAGGGGACUACUUUCUCCCUCCUCCCUGUCCCCACCCCUCCUUUACCUGCUGGUUCCCAAGAGUGGAAAAUUACCAGCUCCAGUAAGGCUUCGAGGGGUGAUGGAGGAGCCAUUACCUCCACUCCCAGUGUUGUUUUCUGGGGGGGGCCUAGUCUUGCACAUGUUGCCAGCUCCCUGCUCCCCACAUCGCCAUCCCCCCUCCUCCCACCAGAGAUUUUUGGAGAACUCUUUUGAGAAUGAACUUGGGAGGGGAGGGUUUCCUAUCUUUGGAAUAUUGUUCACUGCAAAUUGAAUUAAUUUAUUUAUUUUGUGAAAAGAUGAAAAAUAAAAAAUAGUUUAU